UGAGCGCAUAUCGAUUCCAGCACGAGAAAGUUAACCAUCGGCUUUGUACGAGCUGCUUGUCAGUUACGUCUUCUUCGUUCGAAAUAAUCUGUUACAAUUAAUAGAUAACAUGGACUCUGCUAUUGUUCAUCUCGAACAAAGUGUACAAGAAGCUGACGGAAAGCUGGACAUGAUCGCAUGGAAAAUUGAUGCUUUCGAAAAAGAGUUUGAAGAUCCAGAAAGCGAGAUUUCUGUGCUUCGUCUAUUACGGUCUGUUCAUCAAGUUACAAAAGAUUAUCAGAAUCUUCGGCAAGAAAUAUUGGAAGUUCAGCAGUUACAAAAGCAACUUUCAGAUUCUCUUAAAGCACAAUUGUCUCAGGUACAUGGACAUUUUAAUUUAUUGCGCAAUAAAAUAGUAGGACAAAAUAAAAAUCCACAAUUAAAAUAAGAUUAGAACAUUAGUUAUUUUUUCAAUUAUUUCCUGAGUUAUAUUUAAUUUAAUUUACAAAUUCCUUUAAAUCACAAAUUUUUUGUAGGUACUAUAGUGAUAUUAGUAGAAUGUAUUAUAAAAGUAUCCGGUGUUCUUGUUAGUAUCAACAAAAUAAUAUUGAGGAAAAAAACAAUAGGCAAACAGAUUUUGUCUUUGUUCUAAUUUACUAAUUAGUAAAACCAUCAACAUCUAUGGAACCUUAAA